UUUGCUUUUUUUUUUUUGAGAGAAAAACAAUAAUUUUUGUUUCACGCAGGUUCUCGAACGAACAAACGUCUUGUCGCAUUAUUUGUUUAUCGACUAUGAAGAAUAAAAAUUCUAAGAGUAACAGCGACAAUACCAAACAUUUGUCUGCUACUAAGAACGACACUGUCAUGGAAAACAAAAGUGUUGAAGAGAUCACAAGUUCAGAUAGGAUCGACGUGGAAAAUUUGCUUCCUUGCAAGAAAGAAUGCAUUGAUUUCGAAGGAAGCGACGUCGAAUACGUUGAAGACAGCAAGGAAAGCGAACGCCUGCUAGAUUACAUCAUUCUUGACGACGACGACAAUGAUGAUGGUAAACCUAUUGAUGAACAAUUCCUACAUGUUGGUGACACAGAAUUCCAAUUAAAAUGUGAAAUCGGAGAAGUGAAAAUAAAAGAAGAAUCUCUUUGUUCCGGAACGGAAAGUAUCUCAUCAAAUGGGAAUCAAACAGAAGGUGAUAAAGGCGUAGAUACACAAACUUUGUCAGAUGCAACAGCCAAAGAGAAAUUAGUAAAUGCUGCGUACGCAGCUACGCCAAAAGAAGAAGGGGGAAAUGAAAAAAAUUGCGAUUCCUUAGUGUUGACCCUUGAUGAGAAAGAACUUGGUGAAAUAUCAGAAGCUGUGGAGUCGAAAAGUGGCUUCAACGAAAGUCAGUCUACAACACAUACUGAAUCUUUUGCGGAAGUGGAAGAGAAGCACGUUGUCUUAAAGAAGAUUAAGCCCGUUGAUAAGCCGAAAGUAACUGAGGCUGAAAGCACUUCAGGUAUCCCUUCCUCGGAAAAUGACACGAAAAGUUCCGAUUUUAUAGACAAAAAAACAGAGUUGAACGAUACCCCCUUGAUUAAAACAGAGACUAAUCAGAAAGUUAAGAGCAAUACAAUUGAGCCGAUACCAAAAUCAAGGGUAGUGUGGGUUUCAAACUUGAAGCGUUCCACGAAAGCUACCGAUUUAAAACAGCACCUGAACAAGUUUGGCAAAGUAAUUACAACUAAGAUUGUAACUGACGGUCGAAGGUGCUUUGGUUAUGUUGUUCUCGAAAGUUGUAAAGAUGCUGCAAACUGCAUUAACAACUUGAACGAUUCCGAAUACGAAGGCGCCAAAAUAACAAUUGCCACGACCAAACCGAUAGUAGAAAACAAGAACAAUCCGAAGGAAGAUGAAAAGUCGAAGUCAACAGGGGGCGAAAAUAGCAAAAGCAACAAAAAACGUGCCCAUUCCAAAGAUAGCAAAGGAAGAAAAGAAAAAUCAAAAUCUAAAACGAUUAUUAAAAUUACGAAGCGUCGCAGGUCGCCGUCGAUGGACCCAUUGACCACAAAAUUUGAUGAUAAACACUUUUCGAGGAUCAAAGAUGACAGAAUGGAAAGGGAAUAUUUGAGAGAGAAACAAGAAAAGGAAAGACUGAAGAGGAGGCUAGCUGAAGAAAUGAAACGAAGCAGAGAUGAAAUGAACAGAUUAAGGGAAAAGGAGGAGAAACAACGCCAGAGGGAACUGAAGCUGGAAUUGGAACGAAAGAGGUUACGCUUGGAAAAGGAAAUGCUAGAACGUGAAAGAAGAGAGAUGAUGCAACUAGAAGAGGAGAAGUGCAAGAUUGAAAAGGAAAAGAUAAGUUUGAUGCGCCAAAAGUUAGAAAUGGAAAAAAGCAUUCGGGAUUCGAAGAGAAAAGUCACACCCGAAAAGGAAGAACGAAAAGUAAAGAAACAAAGAAGUGCAGUUGGUAGUUUCAACUUCGAUAAGUUUGAUAUAGAAAGACGUAGGAGAUCAAGCGAACGCAAAGAUGACGGUAGAUACCCAAACCCAAACGUACGAAAGUCUAAAGAAAAGAAACAAACUAACUCAUUUUACCGAGAUAACAUGAGUAAGACUACUCGCCAAGAUAAAGACGUGAAGCAUCAAAGCAGAAGGGAUGAAAAGGAGUUUCUCUGUAUUCCUCCCUCUCCGCCAAAGCUUAGCAACGACUUUGAAAUCCCGAAAAGAAAACAGCAGAACGACAGUUUACGUUCUUAUACAAGGAAGUCAUGUAAUAGUACUUCUCCGUCCAAGCAAAAUCAUCAUUCUUACCGUAAGAUCGGUUUUGAUAAGCCGAAGAUACAUCCACCACCAAGAAGAGAUGAACGAACGAACAUUGGAAAGUCCUCAGACCAUUAUGGGCAUUCCGGAAAAGACCAAAGGAUGCCUUGGAACUCGACCAUUUCCAGCCAAUGGAAAAUGAAUGGUAUAGGAAGUCAGUCUGGAACUGGAUUUCCUGUCAGCAGAUUUCCAGACGUGAAUUACAGCAGUGCCAACUGUAACACUUCUAGAUUUCCACAACCUACGUUCUACAAUCCUCAACCCAUCAAUUUGCCACCGCCUGAUUACAAAUAUUAUUUCAAUCAUCAUCCUUCUAACAGGAAAUAUUAAUCUUGAACGUUAAUUCGUUUGCUUCUGGUGUUAUUUGGUUUGAGUUUUAGCGGUUACAUUUUUCUUCUUUUGAUUUCGUCAUGAUUUAUACAAGUAGUACUAUCUAGUUAGAACACAUUGAGUUUUAUAUAUUUGUAUUAUUUGAUAU